CCCGUCUGCAAAAAUAUAAUGUCUUACACACCCAUUAGCCUUAUCUUUUCCAAAAACCAUUGUACUGCUCAAAAACUGUUAAACCAUAUUAUAUACUCUCUCCUUUUUCUUUCCUCGCAUAAUACAUGAUCAAUGCCUAUUUAUUGUACAAUUAACUGACAUAAUUGUUCAAGUUCCAAUAUUUUUUUUAUUGUAAAAGCUUAUACCUUUUGUUCUUCCAAUCUAUAUAAGCUUCCAUUCAACAAACAAACACACACUGCAUCAUCAGUACUGGUAUAAGUAUUCCAUGGCAUCUGAAGAAAGCACAGUUAAUGCAACUACCAGAUUGUACGAAACUGGUGCAUCUUCUUCUGUUCAGUUACUGACUCAAGCAAGGAUUCUUCUCAUCCUGCUGGCUCUUGGGUUAGUGUUCUAGUUUUGGAAGCACCUGGAUCUAGCAUUGGUAAUUAAGAAGGAUCAGUUUGUCAUUCAGCUUUCAAUUGGAUCUCUUUUAGUUUCACUUCAUCAGUGACUGUUAUGGAUGGUCUAAGUUGGGAUGCCUCAUCAGUACAACUUGUUGCUAACACACCGAUCUUGUGGAGCACUCAGCCUCAAGACCUUGAAGGAGGCUAUCUUCAUUCCAUGCCCCACCUAUGUUCAAGUGCUCUCAAUCAAACAGGCUACCCAUAUCCAUGUUCUGAAAAAGUGAGGGGCAUGGUUCACUCAUCCACUACUUGUGAGAUGAUGAGUAUGAUGCCAAACACAAAUCUGCCACAAAGAAUUACAGCAACCAUGCCUGUGAAAUCAGUAGUAGCAGCUGGAGCCAGUUGGGAAGAAACUUUAACAUCCCAAUCACGCCCGUCCCUUUCAGCGAAUAUGAACCAAACUAGCAAUUAUGUAGCAGAUUUCAACAUGGCCCACCAGCAACAACACCAACACCUUAUCAAUGGCACACAAAAUGGCAAGGCUACUACCUGCUCUCUUGAUCAGUCACUUGAUUGCUUGCUUUCAGCUACUAAUAAUAGCAACACAGACAUGUCUGUCCAAGAUGAUGGGAUUUCCAUGAUUUUAUCUGACUGCAGAAACCUAUGGAAUAACUUCAGUUAUGGCAGUGUAGCUAAUACCUCUGGUGAAUCUGAGAGCAAUGCUUCCAUUAAUGCUAGAAACAGUGACAUGAGGUAUCCCUCAGUCAGUGAACUGGAUGAAUCAGUGUCUCAAAGUUUCUCUGAUCAAUAUCUCAGUCAAGGAAGAGUAAUAGAUUCAUCUGAAGUUAUUUGCACAAAAAGGAGCAGUAGUUCGGGCUUCAGCAUUGCUCAGAAUUCUUCUGCCACUGAAUUAGGUGGUUUCACGCUUAUCUCAGAGACUUCACCAAAGUCCAAGAGACCCAGAUGGGAUCAUAAGUAUCCUGGUUCAUCAAAUAUCAACUUCCAGCAGCCAAAUUCAUCUGUGACACCUUCCUUUGAAGAACCUGAUCCAGAAGCCAUAGCACAAAUGAAGGAAAUGAUAUAUAGGGCUGCAGCUUUUAGGCCAGUGAACUUGGGCCUGGAAGCAGUGGAAAAGCCUAAAAGGAAGAAUGUUAGGAUAUCUUCUGAUCCACAGACUGUGGCUGCCAGGCAAAGAAGGGAGAGAAUAAGUGAGAGGAUUAGGGUUUUGCAGAAGAUUGUGCCUGGAGGAAGCAAGAUGGAUACUGCAUCAAUGCUUGAUGAAGCUGCAAACUACCUCAAGUUUCUCAGAUCACAAGUCAAAGCACUAGAAAAUCUUGGUAACAAGCUUGACACAAUGAAUUGUCCUCCUACUAACAUAGCCUUCUCUUUCAACCCUUCUUUUCCCAUACAAACACAUUUCCCCAUCCAAAACCCUAGCAGCCACAUCCAAUACUCCAAGGGUUGAAAACUUGACAUGAAUAUUAUCAUGGAAGAUAAGAUGUAAAAAGGGGUCUGAGAACCCAUAACCUCUAAUUUUAUUCCAUCCAGUGAGUAUGAUUAACGUAUGCUCAUGUCCUAGCCACCAAAACUGCAAUUUUGUUCAUUAGUAGUCAUUCAUGUCAUUUUCUUCAGAAUAUCUACAGUGAGACUUGUUUAAAAUUCUCAUUAAUGAUGACAAUUUCUAGUUGCUAUGAUAAAUUAUGGGUGUGCAUGAGAGAGUGAAUAAGGUAGUUUUGGUUACACUAAUGCUUUUGAUGGUUCCACGGCAAU